AGUUGGCACGGAAUUCGCGAAAAUUCUUGUUCAAAGGUGUACGCUAGACGAAUUCGGACGCGUUUUGGUGAAAACUGUUCUGGUGCAAACGAAGCAAAGCUGAGAAAUAUGUCGGUGGAUCCCGAAAACGGCGCUGACGCGCGCGACGAGACGAAUUAUAUCGAUAAGCUACCGGCUGAGGUACUUUGUAUGAUAUUCGAUCUGCUGGAUCUGGACACUAUUAAAAAUGCAUCGCGAACAUCUCAACGAUGGUAUAACAUCAUCUUUACAAGCCAGUACGCUGCGCGAUUUGUUCUCAACUUUGAUGUGACGUCGAAGGUACUUGCUGCUUAUCCGAUAUGCGUUGAAUAUCUUGGAAGAUCAUCGAAAUUGCACAAGGUAUACAAACUCCAACGAAAAGUGAAGGCGCAGGAGGCGAUCAAGGACGUAAUGGAUAUGAUCACGCACUCGAAAUGGUGCGUCCGAAACCUAACUUAUCGCGUUGAUAGAUACAGCUCUGAUGACUUCCCAGCGCUAUGGAAGACUAUUCAUCCGAAAAUUACUGCUAAUUUGGUCUCGCUGGAUCUUAGCCUUACCACUUUCUUGACGCAGCGAGUGUUACCUGUACUAGCCGCGGCAUUACCGUUGAUGCAGCAACUUGGUACGCUGAAUCUACGCCAUGUCGCUCGGGAACCGUUUGUGCAGGAUGGUUUGAUAAUUCUUCGCAGUAGUUCGGUGGAGAAUGUUACAUUUGCUUCCAUACUAAACAUCGGGAUAGAAAUGCCACUGCUGCGGACAUUUACAGGCGAAUCUAAUGUACUUUUUCAAUCCGGAAGCUGCACCGCUGAAUCCCAGAUGCAGCCAGUUGCGUUCGAUAACUUAAAACAUCUUUACAUUGUAAAGGUGAAACAACGUUGGGGCCCCACCAAACCAAACCAUAAUGUAUCAAUCCCACUGCAAGUGUCGAUGAUUUUGCAAAUGAAGAAUUUAGAGACGAUAAAGUGGGAGGAAGUAUUGAUAGAUGAGGUCUUCCGCGCGAUAUGCGAGACGUGUCUGAAAUUGAAGCAUUUGUGGAUUGAAAAACUCGAAAUAAGCAAUGUCAGGGUGUUGGAUCCUCUCUCUAAACUCGUUGAUCUUCAUGAUUUAAAAAUUGAAGAAAUUGACACUAAAGAUCAGUCGCCCUUAGCGUUGGACUUCUCGAAUCAAACUAAGCUACAGCAAGUCGUGCUGCCACACAUGAACAUUGAUUCCCUAGUACUUCGAAAGUCGAUGAAUACGCUCGGUUUUACUGUAAGCAGCAAAACUCAUGAGACGAUGGCUCAGAUCCUUAGAGACUACAGAAUGCAGGUGACGGAAUUGACACUAAAUUUCAUAAAUUUUGAUGCCCACGAACCGACUGAAAUGAUGAAGGUAUUGUCGAUUAUGCACAACUUAGAGGUACUCAGGCUGCGUAGAGGGUGUUUCUGUGAAUUGAGUUUUUUUCUCAUACCCGCGCCAAUGGAUCGCUUGCGCGAGAUGCACUUCGAAGACUGUUGUCUAUACCGGGCAACCUUUUCCGGCUACCAGGACAAGUUUCCCAACCUAGAGGUUCUGACGAGGGAAAAUAAGGAUUCUGAUGAUGAAGAUGCGGAGAAUUAUGACGAUGAGUCUAGUUCUAACGAUGAGUCUGAAAAUGAAGUGGAGGAAUCUGAUAGCGAAGAGGAGUAUGGCUAUUAACAAGUAGUCUGAGGACUCGAGAAACACGCGAGGAAGCGCGUAAUCAGUUUAGGAUAGGAGCUGCAAAAGGCAAGGCAUCGAAGCACAGAAAAGAAAGAACUCGUUUAAUAAGCCACUGCGUGGCGAUGAAAUGUAUUAUGUAAUGAAUUAAA